ACCAACGAGAGAGACAACUUCAGACAGGCCUUUGAAGAUCUCAGGAAACAAAGGCUGAACGAGUUUAUGGCGGGAUUCAACGUCAUAACAAACAAACUGAAGGAGAACUACCAAAUGCUGACUUUGGGAGGGGACGCUGAGUUAGAACUGGUGGACAGUCUGGAUCCCUUCUCUGAGGGAAUCAUCUUCAGUGUUCGGCCCCCGAAGAAGAGUUGGAAGAAGAUAUUUAACUUGUCGGGAGGAGAGAAGACUCUCAGCUCACUGGCUCUAGUUUUUGCUCUUCAUCAUUAUAAGCCAACCCCACUUUAUUUUAUGGAUGAGAUUGAUGCAGCUCUCGACUUCAAAAACGUAUCCAUUGUAGCAUUUUACAUCUAUGAGCAAACGAAAAACGCCCAAUUUAUCAUCAUCUCCUUGCGAAACAACAUGUUUGAGAUCGCCGACAGAUUAAUCGGCAUUUACAAGACUUACAACACCACCAAAAGCGUGGCAACCAACCCCAAAGUCAUCACGGCCAAGGGACUGGCUGAGCUUGGGGCUCUGACUGUAGCUCAAAAAUAGAAUG